UUGCCGGUCGCUUUUAGUCAAGAAACGCCAUUCCUGAUGUGACAACGCUUCAAGUCGGCUCCUAAAAAUACAUAUAUAUUUUGAGUGAAAAAUAAUUGUGAUAUUACUUAGAAAUAGUGCCAAAAUAGUCAACUAUGGAUGAUGACCAGCAGUUUUGCUUGAGGUGGAACAACCAUCAAUCCACACUUGUAGCCGUAUUUGACACUCUUUUGGAAAAUGGAGUCCUGGUUGACUGCACUUUGGCUGCUGAAGGGAAAUACUUGAACGCUCACAAAGUUGUAUUAUCAGCAUGCAGCCCAUAUUUUGAAGCGUUAUUAUCACAAAAUUAUGACAAACACCCAAUAUUUAUAUUAAAAGAUGUGAAAUAUCAAGAACUCAAAGCAAUGAUGGACUACAUGUACAGAGGUGAAGUAAAUAUUUCACAAGAUCAGCUGGGUGCGCUGUUGAAGGCGGCGGAGUCGUUACAAAUCAAAGGCCUAUCAGACAGUAGGAAGGGCGAGAACGAAAAAAAGACAGCGCCUCCGCCUGCAAAGAGUCCGCCGCCAGCCCCAUCAUUGCCGAAGGUGCAAGGUCUCACAAUCGAACAACGUAGGAAAGAUUUAGACGAAAAUUCUCGAGACGGUUCGCAGUCGCCAGGUCCGCGAAGGCGAAAACGAGCUCGUAGAAGAAGUGGCGAAGAACUAGAAAAUAAUCAUGACGCCUCAAAUUCCUCCGAAUCUCACCACAGUACACCCGCCCAAAACAUUCCAUCAUUACCUGUAAACACAAAAUUAACCGAUGUGCCUGAACCUGUAGAAACCAAACAAGAGAUUUUAUUGAGGCAUAAAGCUAGUGAGUCUGAAAUAAUCGCCCCCCAAGUUCCUAUAAAAGAAAAAUUAGAAACCCAUACUGAACUGAUGCUUGAACCAAAGGCUGAAUAUGUGGAGGAAAUGAAUGAUGACAGUAUUGAGGAUUUAACGCUAGAUGAUGAUGACCUGAGUAAUAUGGAACAAAUGGAUGAUCAGGGUGCAGGACCUAGUCAUGGCAACAUGGGAGAAGGAUCAGGACAAGGUUUUGGAUGGCAUAUGGGUAAUCAAAGUCAGGAUGAAGUAUUUUUAGCCGCACAAGAGGCUGUUGGAGCACAUCGGGACUCACAAGAGAUUAGAGGGCUCCUGUUUAACAUAAGCGUGCAAUUGUCGAAAAUGUUCAGCCACAUGAAGAAGAAUGUUAGUGUUAGGAAAGAGAAGCCGGAGCCGACAAGGGAAGAUCGCUCCUUGCAAAGCUCUUACGUAACCUUGGAGGAAUUGAAGCAGGAAGAUAACUGGUCUACGGAUUUUCCGCUGCCGCUGAAGAGUGUGACAGCUUUGAAGCACGCCGAGAACCUUUUGCGCACCGAUCAGUUGCAAUCCAAGAAAUUGAUCGAGUUUCUUUGUCAGUUCAACGGCAAGGACCAGAAGAACUGCGUGUACCGUUGUCUGUCGAAGACUUUCGGCCACGAGUUGGCGGCAUCUUGUUCUUGGGCAGGUCGUAACAACAAUAUCGCCGUCAAAGAAUACAAACUCAUGACCUUAAUUCAAGAAGCCGUGCAGAUUUCGUUCAACGAUAUCACGGAAUCAUCGUUUCAGACCGCCUGCAAAGACUGGUUCAGAACGAUAAAACUAUCUAAGCCCAAAACUUAGGUCAACGCAUUUUGGAAACGAUUAGAAUUUAUCAAAUGCACAAGUAUUAUUAUCCAUUAUUAAUUAUCUGCUUUUCCAGAUUCCAUGUUUAUUAUUUGUUACGAAACAAAACAAUUUUUUUUUAUAGAGUGCAUAAGUUACUUAAAUGUAAUCGAUGAAGAGAAAUAAAGUCGAGAAAAUUAUAUCCUAUACAUACA